CGUCGAGUCAAUGCGGACUAGCGACCCGGUUGCUGAUCGAGACAGAAAAAGUUCGCACCUCGGCCGCACGUCGAUACUCUGACCUUCGACCUCGGUUGCCCUCCGGAACGACCUCGAGCGAGCACAAACCGCCCGUCUGACCCAAAUCCUCCGUCAAAGCGACAAAAGACACUCGGCAACGCUCCUAGCAGCAGGGGUCCGAACGAGGACAUCAUAGACCUGGAUCAGGAACCCAUGUCACGCACAGAGCGGCGCGGCAGCCAGACGAGCCUUGCUCACUCUGUAUCGUCGGGUCUUCCGGAAUACCAAUAUGUGGAAGCGUUUACCAAGGGGGAUAGCCGCUCAAACAGGCGCAAACGCCAACCGCAUACAAGUCAACCUCUAUCCGUGCCCGGUCAUGUUAGCCGAGUACGGACGUCUGGCCAACCCGAACAAAUUGAUAGCUUUGAUGAACUCUCCCCGGCGCCGAAGCCUAGCUCUAGCGCGCACCGAACCGUCCGCCUCAACUCUACCAACAAGGCAACACCUGUGACCCUCCAGGACUCCGCAGAUGAACAUAUCCUUGGGCACACGACACGGUCGGGGCAACGACUGCCGGGGAUGAAGCGGCCUAGGAAACGCUUACUCGAUGAGACUGCCGAUGGGCCGGAUGAGCUUACGGAUGGGACUCGUGGCAAGCAAGCCUUCAGUUCGAACGCCGGACAACCAAGCGGAGUCCCGCCAAUGGUUGACGCACCCAGUCUGUCCAAGAGGGGGGAUAUGAAACGAACGAACUGGUCACAGAAGGCCGGCACGGACACUGCCCCUGCCGGCGUUAGCAUACAAGCGGCUGUAUGCGAGCCAAACCUUCGAUGCAUCGCCAAGGAGGACCAACCGUGCUUUUUUUUACGACCCAGCGGCAUGGAGUUGCGUGUGUUCACGCGUGACGGCGAUGAGGCCGAGCCGUGUGACUGGCUCAAGAUUACAAACAAGGCGAAGUUGUUAGCGUACCAUCCGGAGUCCAGCCUCAUCAAAAUCAGCCAAGCAAUGGACCCCUCAGCCUUGAUCGGGGGAUUGAUGAUGCUGAAAUUUCGCUCCAAAUCGGACGUUUCAUGGGUUGUUAACUGGGCCCGUGACAAUCUGGGGCUCCGUCUUGUUCAGGAAUCCGAAAGUCACCGGCUGCACAUGACUUGGGAUAAUCUCAAUUCGAGGAUCAGCCAGGCGGGUAGCCAGGCUUCGACAAGGCGGUUACCCAACGGGAACUCUCACCCUCAGCCACGGGCAAUUGAGAAAUCUCCCAAGGCAAACGCUGUCCUACCCGAGGGCGCGUCGCCGAGUACGUCGACAAGCGCCCGGACUCCUCUUCGACGUCAGAUGCAAGUUUCAGUCCAGCAAUCAUCAACCCCUCGUUUUCAAAUCGACAUCUCUGGCGAACACGCUUCUCAUGAACCGCGCUCAUUGAGGUCGGGACGAACCAUUCGACAGCUGGAGAAACUUGACUCACCUCCGCUACCUACCUUUCGUCGCUGGUCGGAUGAGAACAGUGACUGGGCAAAGGACUGGGAGACCCCGUUGAUCGUCCGACGCACCACUGUGGACAAAGAAGACAUACCCAGGCUUGACGAGGGCCAAUGUCUGAACGACAAUCUCAUCGGAUAUGGUCUCAGGUAUUUGUUCGACGAGCACAAAAAUACAGCGGAGGGUUUGCGCGAUCGUGUUUAUCUUCACAACUCCUUCUUUUACGAGAAACUGAAGGCGCCAAGGGGCGCGAUCAACUAUGAUGGCGUGAAGAAUUGGACAGCAAAGGUGGAUUUGCUGUCCUAUGACUACAUCAUCGUGCCGGUAAACGAGCACUACCACUGGUGGGUGGCCAUCAUUUGCAACCCUGGCAAGCUGGACCCGGACUCGAGAAGGCUUCCAGCCAAACGUCACAGUCUGAGCGAUGAGCAGGACAGCAAAGCCGAAGGGGAAGUUCCAGAGGUGGAAAUGACAGACGUAACGCAAAAGCGGCCUUCCCCAUCCCCAGAAGGGUCUUCAGCAAGCGGGGUCGACUUGAUCAAGUCUGACAUUGUCGACUUGGUUUCCGAGGAUAAGCACGUCGGAACUGGGCAAUCUCCCAGCUCUAAAGGAAAGCGAGCUCGGAAAGCGAAACCCGGCCCCAAGCUGUUGAAUCCAGACGACCCAAGGAUUAUCACCCUCGAUUCCUUGGGUUCAACGCACACACAGGCUAUCGGACACCUUAAGAAGUAUCUUUUAGCCGAGUUCGAGCAUAAGCGCCAUAAGGUCAUCACCGAGACGCCUCCGAAUUUCGGAAUGAGAGCAAAGAGAAUACCAGAACAGAACAAUUUGUGCGACUGUGGCAUUUACCUUCUCGGCUACAUCCAGCAAUUUGUUGAGAAUCCAGACAGAUUCAUUCAGAAGCUGCUUCGAGAGGAGCCGCUUGAGUGGGAUUUCGACCCUUCACACUUGCGUCAACUCUGGCGCGAAACAAUAUUAAGCGAGAAGAGAAGUCAGCGGAAGAAGCAGCCGGCAUCGCAAGGAAGCCGAUGCUCCUCAACUGCCGUGUCUACUCCCAAGAAGAGCACAACACCCAGUCGCCACACAUCCCCAGAAACGAGCGAGAACAGACCCAACGGCGCAUCAGAGGCCAAUCGUGAGGCAAAAGAUGGUUCCUCGGAACUUCCGGCCUCCGCCAAGGCUGCUGAGAGCCCGGCAAAGCCCAUUACUCUUGAGCCGGAAGAUCGCAACGAACCACAACACCCACCGCGGGCAAGUAGUAAUGAGCAGCCACAGCCUUCGGCGCCGUCGUCUUCGAUUGCCGCUCAAACGGAUUGUGCUAAUGACGGCGAUGUGCUUGAGUCUAUUGAGUCGAGCGAGCCGGCUGAGCCGGAAGAUCCUACAUUCAUACGCCAACUUUCCUCUUCGACAUCGACCAAGUCGGCCGAUGACGGGGCUGGUCUCCUGGAAGUUGACUCGAAGGAAUCCAAGUCCCCGGCUCGACAAAAGAGAGCCACAUACGAGUCGACAACGAAAGGGCAAGACUCGGUGCCUAAGAGCUGCUUUCCGCAUACCAGCAGCCGCUUCGUCAUUGACUCUAGUAUGGAUCUCGACCCGGUUGUGGAGAAGGCGGAGAUGGUGCGGGAACCGGAUUCGAUCGAUCUCACUAGUGAGUGACACCGGGGAUCGUUCGGCUGGGGAUCGUAAGAGCCGGCUGCUGGCUCCGGUCUCCUCGGAAGGUUGCUCAUCUGGCAACACCCCCUUUUCCGUUUCUGGUGUGGUCACCUGAUGCCUUCUAGGGCUCCAUGGCUUCACUACUCCUCCUGGUUUGUUUAGGACUGGUGCUACAGGGCGAUCAU